GGGGAAUCAAUAGGCGGUACACAGAAACCCUCGAGGAGGCGUGGUCACGCGGAUUACGUCAUGCACCUGCGAACAAGGUGUGGGAAAGAGCGAAAGCUUAGGAGCAGAGAACAAUCGAAGAUCGGGGGGUUAAAGAAGAGCGAAACAACGGCGCCGCACCCUACAGAGAUGCGCACCCAGUGGCGACCACCGAGCCUGCCCGGACGCCGGAGUCCUUCGCGUGUCUUGAAACAGAGCUACUGAUGGAAGAAAAAGAUGUUGGAAGAAGGCACUAGGUCAUCCACGUCCCCUCAGAGUGCUGAAAAUGCUUUGUCAGGGCUAGAAGGAGAGACGUGUGAUGGUUCACGACCAAGUCUCGACUCUCCACCCACAGCCAGACAUCCUGGUAACUCGGCUUGCCUCCUGGAGAUCAAAGGCAACUCGUGGAAUUUGGUGGAUAUCGGCUCAGAUGAUCCCCAUCUGCUACCCACUGCCUACAGCCAGAGCUUGCAUCCCGAAGCAGAGUUAGAGACAAAGACUAUCUGCAUCCAGUCUGUGGAAAGGCGUAUCCAAUGGGAACAUGAAUGGCAGCUCUGGCACGAGUUCAUGCACAAGUAUUCGACAUUUGAAGACUGGCUACGCAGGGCAGAGAGUCAGGCAGCCAGUACCAAGUCUUCUCUGAUUUCCUACAGCUUGGCAAAGGAGGAACUGAAGAAGUUUGAGGUUCUGCAGGUGGAGGUUCGGAACCGCUUAUGUGACCUGGAGCUCAUUGACAGGCAGUACUGGCAUGUGCUUCAUACCCCGGGACUGUGGGGCUGGGACCAACUGCACGGGAGAAUACAAACCAGCAACCAGAGAUGGGAAGCUCUAAACAAGUACAUCAGCUGCAUCUGCAGAAGACUCCAGCACUUUGUUAGCCUCCGGGAGGACUUUGAGAGGGAGCGGGGGGAUAUCAACAUCUGGCUGGCCGAGAUGAACUUGAGGCUUACGGAGGUGGAGCACUUCUCUGGCUGUAACUCUGCAGAUAAAGUCAAGCAGUUGCAGGCCUUCCAGCAAACUGUAGAGCAGAAUGCUGAGCGGCUAAAUGGUUGGCUGGAAUGUGGAGAGGGCCUCAUCAUGCGCAGUGAGCCAUUUGAUGCGGUGGAAAUUGAAGAGGAGAUGCAAGAUCUACUCCAGUACUGUGUCAGAGUAUUUGAGGGAGUAGGACGGCUCCAUACUCGCCUCCUCAGCAUGAGACUGGUCUUUGAAGACGAUUGCUUUUCCGAGGGACUAUCUGGCUGCACCACCCUCUCAGAUGUCUGGGAUGAUGAAGGAAUUUGUGAUCGGAAUGGAUCUUCAGAAGAUCGCUCAUGUGCCGGUGGAGGUGGGUCCUACCUUGACUCUCUGGCACUCGAGUGGGAUCCCUCUGUGGAUGUUGGUGGCUCCAGCUCGCAUGACGAUGCCGACUCUUCCUAUUUUAGUUCCACUCAAGGAUGGCAUCUCCGGGAAGAGUCACUCAUUAGAGGAUGGCAUCUUCAGGAAGAUUCCCUCCUAAAAGAAGAGUGCCACUCGUUGAAUUCUGUGAGGCCCCUGCUGGAUGAAAAAAGCUUAAAUUUGAAAAAUUUGAAAAAAGAAGAGUGCUGCAACAGUGAAAACCAUACGCAACAGACUUCAGGUGAUUUCCUACCAUCCAAAACAACUACUGCAUCCUGCUUUGAGAGCUUUGACCCAGAAAGAAUCAGCGCGUGGCUGGGACAGGCUGAACCCACGGUCAAAUGCACACAGGCUCCUCUAGAUGGAUUUGCACCGGACCUAAAAAGUAAUCAUCAAUGUCUACCUGUUCAGCCAAGUCACAAUGUAGCAAUAAAGAAUUGCAGUCAGCAUUCUGGCCAGCAAGAGGUGAACUUUUUCCGAACGUCUUCAACAGCAACUAGCAGUCAGCGGAGGAGACAGCCAUCCCUUCAGUGUCCACUGAAGCAGGUGCAGGGUCACCAAUCUUCAGCUGAUGUAAGCAUUACUAUUGAAACAAGUUCUGAAGAGGUUUUACCUCAAAGGACACGGCCAACCAUCGCACUGCUACUUAGAGUAGCUUUUCUGGUUCACUUCCUGCUAGUUAUCCUGCUGGCAGUCAUCAGCCAGUUUCCAGCCAGUGCACGCGACUUCACCUGCCAUCAAGCCAACAACUUUGCACGUUCCUUUCACCUAAUGCUGCACUAUGUCAAUGGCCCACCCCCAACAUGAUGCAGCCAGCAUUUGAGGUAGAAUCUACCGCAGAAAAAUCAGCUGCAAGGGGAUACGAAAGCAGGCAGCAUCUGGCAAAAUACAACCGGGACACCCUCUGCAGCUUUUAUAAGCAGUGAUGAAUACAUAUGAAACUCUACUCAGGGAUCAUACGGCAUGUCCAGCAAGGAUGGGGACUUCCAAAACUUAAAACUCUUCAAGUGAAGAAGGCUAUCCAUUAGACCAGCCCAGAAGAUGUGUUCUCUCAGUGCAGUAUGCAAGAUAAAGGUGAUAUGACAACGCAUCUUAUGCCUGGUUUACACAUAUUACAGCAGUUCAAGUUUUCUCUAGCAAUUGUACUAAUGGUUGCAAUCACGUUACUGGUAUGAUCCUAUGUUCUACUGUUCUACUUAAUGGACCAGUGAAGGCAGUCAUAGCAUCUCAUCAAUACAACUUUAAAGAUAUAGCUAAAAUGUCAACCAUACACUGUAUAUAAACAUGGCUCUGAAUUUGAAGGUGUUCUUUGUAGAGUUUUUGCACUUCUUUUCCAUGCUGAUACAAAGCCAAAUACAUAUUUUCUUUCUUUCUGAACACCUCAAGCAGCACUUUUUUUUUCCACAAAAGGAUGAAAAGCAUUUUGGUAAAUUGUAAAUUUGGGUUGUCCAUUUUGGAAACCAUACACAUUUACACAAGCAGAAAUGUCUGAUGGCUAAGAAUUUGAGUAUUGCCAAUUAUACUUAAAUCUAACUCUGUGAUUCAUUUAAAUAAAGAUUCUUCAAGGUU